AUUAAGCGUACAUCGUUCACGAUUUGCAAUCGCCAAUUGCAUUGUGUUUUGUUGGCGCGCAAAUGCUGAAUGUGAUACAAAAGUAAUUAAAUAAAUAAACAAAUCAAUAUGGCCACUCGUUUAAACUGUGCCUAUGAGAACCUGAGCAGUUCAUUUUUGCUGACGACCACCGAUUAUCAAAAGCAGUUCUGUCAUUUGUACACACACCGCUUGGCCGAAAUGACGCGCCUAUUGACGCCGCUUGCUCUGAAGGAAUGGGGCACACAGGUGCCCAUAAUGAAGCUUUGUGAGCUGCGCGGCGAACAAAAUGUCCAGUGCAUCAUCAUUGGCACCAUUUACAAGCAUCAAGCUCACAAGCCAAGCAUAUUACGUGACAUCUCUGAGGAAAAUCAGUUGGCUCCACAACCGCAAAGACAAAACUACUCCGAGCCGGAAGACAAGCUAAUUCUAGAGGAUGAACUGCAGCGAGUGCGACUGCAGGGUGGCGAAUUCUUAGACUCCUACAAACUGGCCACGGGCAUCGUUUGUGCUGUUAAAGGUGGCACAGACAGUGACGGCUUUUUUAAUGUGGAAAAUCUGCUCUUCCUGGAAAGUGGACCACAGAAGCCGCUGAAUGUAAAGAAAGAGGGCAGCAAGUUGGUUCUAAUCUCUGGCUUGGAUCAGUUGCAGUCGCAUAAUUAUGUAGAGGCCCUGAACAUGUUUCAAUACUGGUUAAGCGGAUGCUUUGGCAAUCACUCUGAGGCUCAGACCCAGGUUCGACUUAUCGUUGCGGGCAAUUCCGUGCGAAGCUCGGCUAUGGCUCAUGUGCCCACCCUUCAAGUGGCACGCCAACAAGCGAAUGCUAAUGAUACUGUUCAAGCAAUUAGCCAAUUGGACAACUGGUUUGCAUCAUGGGCAAAAGCUAUUCACGUGGAUGUGAUGCCUGGAGCAUACGAUCCGGCUAAUUUUAUGCUGCCACAGCAGCCCUUUCACAAAUGCAUGUUUCCACUGGCUGCUCAAUUGUCAUCCUUUCAAUCUGUUGCCAAUCCUUAUGUCUGUCGACUGGAUAGCGCUCUUGUAGUGGGAACUUCUGGUCAGAAUAUCGCCGAUUUGCUGAGGAGUACUUCGUUGGACUCCUCACUCGAAGCUCUUCGCUGUACGCUUAAAUGGGGCCAUGUAGCUCCCACAGCGCCGGAUACAUUGGCCUGCUAUCCAUACAUAAGCAGCGAUCCAUUUAUAAUGAAGGAAUGCCCACACUUGUACUUUGCGGGCAACUGUGAAAAGUUCGAAACGGACUUGCAUGUCGGCUCCGAUGGCAAGAGAACGCGUCUCGUCUGCCUGCCAAGCUUCUCGAAAACCCAGAGCAUUGCAGUUAUAGAUUUGGCCACUCUAGAUUGCCGCCAAGUCAAAUUUAGUAUGGAAAUUGAAUAGCUAUAUCAAUAAAUAUCAAAAUUUCAUGAAUUUAUUCGAACUAUAACUACGUUUACAAUCAAUGCACU